UCUUAGCAGACGCCCUUAUCCAGGGCGACUUACAAUCGCAAGCAAAUACAAAAUUUAUGUGCGAUUGCAACUGGAUAUGUUGUACACUUGUAUGUCAUAUCCCCAAUCCGAUCUGAAUUCUAGUCAGCAUGUCCACACUAAUUAAUAAAGUUGCAAAGAAUGUAAAACCUGAAAGCUUAAUAGAUUUGUUCUUCUGGCACAAUGGUUAACUACACUAAUAAACCAUGCUUAAGUGUGCUGGUUUACUGUCUAUUGAGCUGAGAGUUCAUAUCUGGCACCAUAUCUAAACUCAUAAUACAUUUGCUGCAAGGUUUUGGAAUCUUUACCUGCCUUGCUCUCCUGCUGUGCUUGAUUAUAGAAUAGCAUGACCUUUAAUCUACUCCACAGUAAGGCACUUUCCUCACUCUGGCAUUCAAUAUAAAAAUACACUGACUGGCCAAAAAAAACAAAUAAUGAACUUAAUAGGUUUCAGUGGAACAUUCACAUGUUUUGCAGGUCCCUGUGAUCUACCAUGCCUUGCUUGCAACCAGAGAAUUGCUGUAUGUUGGUGGUUUUCUGCAUACAUUGCUAUUCCAGGAACACCCAUGUCUUGGUCAAUACGUUGCCAAUGCUCACAUCCACCUUCUGGAACAGGCACCCACUGCCAUGCCUGUUGUGAAGUCACUAAACAGCCUGUGUUUGUCUAGUGGAUCACACAACACCUCACAUGGCCUUUUACAUUUGCAUACUUUGCUGAUAAGGGAUUUUCUAAUUUUACUUAGAUGGCUGCUUUUUUGUCUUCAUUUUUUGACCCUCAGUGUUGAACCAUGCUGGUUGGAUUUCAUUAAGUAAUAGCUUUUGUGUACUCUAAUGCCAAAUUGAGGAUAGAUGUAUUGAUCAAAGGACAGAGUAAAGAGGCAAUCAGACAGUGGGAUUUUUGUCAGAUUGUCACUGUGAAAAUUUAGCUUUCAGUUUUAUGAUACUGUUGAUUUAAUGCGAAACACGUGUAAAAAACAAAAUUGAAAGGUCCCAUUGACAUGGCAUGUCUAUUUCUAUAGACGUCCCACGUAGAAUAUCUUCUGUGCUGGUAUUUCUAACAGCUGGGAUGAUGUGCAUGUUGUUUUAACUCAUUUUGUGAGUUCUCACCUGUCAGUCACUAGAUCAUCAUUAUUUCUUCUCCAUAUCACAGUCUGCCUACAAAGUAUUCCCACUUACUAGAUGAGGAAGCCAAAUCUUGAGAUAUCUGGAAGAGGGGUCAUGCACAGCGAUUGGAAGCAAUAAUUUAGUGGCAAUGAAUAAGGUUAAAUGUGCUGCUGUUAAUUAAGAACAAUAUCCUCCAGAUAAAAUGAAUAAGCGCUGUCUCCCACUUGCAAGGAUUACCUCAUUCUUGGAGCGUCUCCUUUUUCCGCAUUAGCCCAAUUCAAGAUGCCUCACUUCAGAGCUACAGACUGUAAUAUAGAAGCUUCAGAUGCUGUAAAAUCCUCCUAAUGCCACAAAACAUAAUUCUACCACUCCCCCUCUUUUAUGCUGAUGCCAAUCCAGCUUCCCGAACUACCGCCAGACAAUGAAGAGGCCCAAGCAGCAUCAGCAUCUAAGCUUCUUCAGUUUCUUCAGCCGGAAGCCCAAAUCCGACCCCAGACUGGACAAGGCGGCAGCCCAGGAGGACAGAGUGCCCCCCAAAGGCCGAGAUGAGAUUGCUAUCACACUGACGCCCACCGAGCAUGGAGACAGGGGUGUCGUCAGAGAAGAAAGGGGAGAAGGCGGGAUUGGUCUUUCAUCUGCUUCCUCCAGCCACGAGCAACUGCUGCCCUACCUGGAGUGCCCCCUGUGCCUUCUCAGCCAGCCACGGUGCCACUUCCCCCAGCUCUCGUCAUGCCCCCACCGCUCAUGCUCCGACUGUCUGCACCAGUAUCUGCGCAUCGAGAUCACAGAAAGCCGGGUGUGCAUUGCUUGUCCCCAGUGCCCGGAGAUGCUUGCCCCAACCGAUGUCCGCACUAUCCUGGGUGAAGAGGCCUUGCUUGAGAGGUAUGAGGAAUACCAGCUGAGGAGGUUCCUGGCUUCCGACCCUGAUACCCGAUGGUGCCCAGCACCAGACUGCAGCUAUGCAGUGAUAGCCAAUGGCUGUGCAGAGUGCCCAAAGCUGAGCUGUGGGCGGGAAGGCUGUGGGACCGAGUUCUGUUACCACUGCAGACAGCUGUGGCACCCAGACCAGACCUGCGACCAGGCCCGACGGCAGAGGUCCCACAAUGCCUCUGGAAACAAUGACGCUGCCACAAUGUUCACUUUUAAUGAGGAGACAGGCAGUGAGGUUGAGGAAAUCAAAGCCUGCCCACGAUGCGGGGCUUACAUCAUGAAGACGAAUGAUGGCAGCUGUAACCGAAUGAACUGCACUGUUUGUGCCUGCCAGUUCUGCUGGCUGUGCAUGAAGGAGAUUACUGACGUGCACUACCUUAGUCCUUCUGGUUGCACGUUCUGGGGUAAGAAGCCCUGGUCUCGAACAAGGAAGGUUCUCUGGCAGGUGGGCAUGCUGCUAGGAGCGCCAGUGAUCAUUUCUCUCAUUGCAGGCCUCGCCAUUCCAGUAAUAAUAGUUGGGAUACCGAUCUAUAUGGGGAGAAAGGUCUACAGUCGAUGUAAGAAAAACAAUAUCUCAGGAAGUAAGCAGUACCUGACUGUAGCCAGUGGGGUUGUCAUGUCAGUGUUUGUCUCUCCUGUCAUAGCAGCUGUGACUGUGGGCGUGGGAGUCCCGCUCAUGGUAACUUACGUGUAUGGCGUGGUUCCCAUGUCCCUCUGUCGAAAUGGUUGGUGUGGCGCUGAGAAGGAUCAAGCAGAGCCAGGAAAAAUACAUUUGGAAGAUUUAGCUAACUAUCUAAUGUUCUCUUAUGUAGUCAGUGACCACUGGACUGGUAAACCCUACCCAGCGGUCAGUGAAGCAAGUGUCCAUGAAGCGACCACUCUCCCCAGUACCAGCAGAAGCCACCCAGACAAGGAAAGUAAUAAAGAGCUGGACAACCAAUCCGCGAGCACCGUGGCCCUGGCAGGAAGCAUGUUCAGUGAGACACAGGACCCCUCCUUUUGGGAAGGGAAUAACAUCGAGGUGCAGGUGGAGAUUGAAGCUCAUCCAAGGGACGGUCGAGAGCAGAGCCUCAGCAGUAUCCUGUCGAGCCAGAGCCUGUCAGUGGAGUCCCUGGGGUGUUCCAGAGAGCAGCUGUGUGGAGGCGAGCUGAACCGAGGGGCUACACCUGAAACAAUAAACAUUGUUUAAAAUGCCCUCAAAAACAGCUUCAUCCUGGCAGCCAGCAGUGUUACCUUUGGCUGCUUCAAACAAGCCUCCAGUUUUACAGGAGUUUGAGAGCUGUUGUCUCAUUCAAAUAUUUGUAUCCUCUGUUUUUUUUUUUUAAUUAUUAUUAUUUAAUAUUAAUAAACAGUGUUUGCAGUUUUAAUUUGAAUUUAAGUUUUGUUAUCAUCUUUGCAUAAAAAAAUAGUUCACUGCAUGAGUUCUUUUCAUGCAAAGAAAUGUAGCCUGCUCCUUAACACAAAGAUAUACAUAGAAUCAUAUAUAACUCGACAUUUAGCAGAGACUGUAAGUGUAUACUGUAACAGUACCAAUGACUCCUUCUCUGUCACAUGGAAACUGUCUUGGGUUCUCAGCUCCUAUUUGGGAGGUAAUUUAGGAAAUAUGGACCACUGUAUCCAUAGCUUCACAUUGAAGAUCACUGCUGUAAUAAUUAACAAUAAAGAUAAAAGAAAAAUAUAUAUAUAUUGUUUUAGCAUGUUGUGGAUGCCGUUGGUUUUUUUUUUUGGUGAUUUGGGAACACCCCUAUGAUAGCGUAUUAUGGCAAAUAAUGGGUUGGUUUUACCACGAGAAAUGUACCAUGGAGUUCUUGAUUAUAGUGUUAAUGUAAGUUACUCUUGUUUCAUUAUGAGGUAUGCAUGAAGAUUUACUAAUAUUAAGUCUGGGUGCAUCUAGGUAAAUCUAAUGGUUUAUCAUAGCUUUAUAGUACCCAGUGCUGUUUUCCCACAGCGAAAUUGCUAAAAAACCUGCCUUGUACAGAACAUUGUCUCUACUUCUACUAAACACUGUACAAUGGCAGGGACUACAAUUUUUCCACAAAGAUAUUGAAAAGUCUAACUGCUUCCUUAUUAAUAUUUAACAUAAUUCUAAGAUCAUUUUAGAUACUGGAACAAACCACUUGUUUGAUAUUAUGUUUAUUUUAAUUUACCUGGAAAUGAAAAUGUUUCUCCCUCGUGGUUUAAUAUUUAUAAUACUGAUAAUAUAAUACUGAGUCAUAAUAGAUGAUUUAUUGCAUUAAAGAAUCUUAAAACAAAUAUCUGAGCAUUGAGUAUCAUUGUCAAAGCUAUGAUAAAUAGUGGUUUUAAUGUGUUGUCAAUGGAAGGAACACCAAGUUAUUUUCCAUUGUUUCUUAUCAUGAGACUGAUCAUGGAACAUCAUAAACCAUGGUCUUCAAUGUGGUUCUCACUUAGCACUAAACAACAAAAAGUUGAAUCAGUGAAAUAAUGUACUGUGGAUUUUUUUCAACUCUGAUUCAUUACUUUGAGUUGGUUAUGCUACUUAAAACAUUUUAACUGAAACCCACUCAAAAUGUCUGUUUGCCCCUUUAAUAAAAAAUAAAAACAUGUAUUACACCUUUUUAAUUGGCUGA